AUGUAGUUAAAUAAAAAUAUCUUAUAUCGAGGUAUCCCUGUAGAACCUUUGCUAACUACUGCUACCUUUUGUAACUAACAACUUCUAACUACCCUGCAGAACUAGAACAUUAAUUCUUAAAAUUAUCAAAUCCAUCACGCAAUGCAAUCACCAACGUACACUAAAAUCCCUAAAAUCUAAAUAAUAAAAAACUUUCAAAUUUCGUGCUGCCAAAAAAGCAAAACAGAGAUUAUUUUUGCGAGAGCCCUUCGCUCUCUUUUGGUAUCCGCAUCUGCAAUGCAAGGAUAUUCGACUAAUAAAACCCAGAGCUGUCAUAAAAUAUCCUGUUGGAAUACAAAGAACAACAGGGAGGGUCUUUUACAGUGAACGGUGUAAUACAAAAUGGCAAUAAACAGUUAUCAAAACAAUGACAAAACAGUUUGCAAUAACAAUUUGACAAAACCAUUCUCAAAUUAAGUUGUGGAAAAUGUUGCAAGUGUAGAAAUAAGAAAUUUAUUUAUGAAAUACAGUUCUGUUGGGUAAAGAGCAGGAUGAAACGACAGAAUAUUCGCACCCUUUCACUGGUUGUGUGCACGUUUACUUAUUUGCUUAUUGGAGCAGCUGUAUUUGAUGCCCUCGAGUCGGAAACAGAAGCCCGUCGAUGGGAGUUUUUGAAAAGUGUGAAAGCUAACUUUGUCGCAAAAUACAACAUUACACCAGAGGACUAUCGAAUGAUCGAGAUAGUGAUAACAGAAAACAAACCACACAAAGCUGGUCCCCAGUGGAAAUUCGCUGGUGCUUUCUACUUUGCUACCGUAGUUUUAGCUAUGAUUGGAUACGGCCAUUCGACACCGGUUACAAUUGGUGGGAAAGCUUUUUGCAUGGCAUAUGCUAUGGUUGGUAUUCCACUUGGGUUAGUCAUGUUCCAGAGUAUAGGCGAACGUUUAAACAAGUUUGCAUCGGUAGUCAUUCGGCGAGCCAAAAAGUAUCUUCGUUGCCAACAAACCGAAGCAACAGAAAUGAAUCUAAUGCUUGCCACGGGAUUGCUGUCCUCCGUAAUCAUUACAACGGGAGCAGCCGUAUUUUCCAAAUACGAGGGCUGGUCGUAUUUCGAUAGUUUUUACUACUGCUUUGUUACCCUCACUACCAUAGGUUUCGGAGACUAUGUUGCGCUUCAAAACGACCAGGCGCUUAUCAACAAACCAGGAUACGUGGCGCUAAGUCUAGUAUUUAUUUUAUUUGGACUAGCUGUUGUUGCAGCUAGCAUAAAUCUCUUAGUUCUACGCUUCAUGACAAUGAACGCUGAAGAUAUUCGACGCGAAGAGGCCGAAAUGCAAUCUUCUGGGAAUGGCCUUAGCUAUGAAUGUGAAUCAACUGGUAAAUUACUAUCAUGUGCCAAUUUGAAUUAUUGCUCCGAAAUUGAGGAAGAAGACACUUCGGUCUGUUCCUGCACUUGUUUAGGAGGAAAUAGUUUUACUAACCAUGAAAAUGAGUUUCUUUUAAAUCAAGGUUAUCACCCUGCAGACAUAAUAACUAGUACUAUAAGUUUGAAGCGAAUGUCCAUAUAGUCUUACCUUUUUACUUUCCUUUAUUAAUUGUUCGAUAUAAUAACAUAUUGAUUAUAUAUAUGUAU